AUGCCGGGCCUGGUAUCGGCAACCGGCGUUCUGGGCUUCCUCGCCGAUGAGGAGAACGAGCUCAAGGUCUUCGCGCUUGAGACUUUGAAUGACGAUAUCGACACUAUCUGGACCGAGGUCGCUGGAGCUCUGGGCCAAAUCGAGGCUCUCUACGAGGACGAAUCUUUCCCCGACCGCCAGCUCGCUGCCCUCGUCCUUGCCAAGGUCUACUACCACCUCCAAGCCUACAAUGAGAGUAUGAGCUUUGCCCUCGCCGCCGGCGAUCUCAUUCUCAGCUUGACGCCCCCGGCGAGUUCGAGGAGACCAUCAUCUCCAAACCGCGUUUCCAUUACCAAUGCGUAUCAGAUCGCAUUUGAUCUGUAUGACAACGGCACACAGGAAUUCUUGGGCAAAAUCAUCAAGUCGCUGCCCUCCGGGGAGGCUCCCAAGAAGCCUGCCGCCUCCGAGGAUGACAAUGACGACAGCGAGGAGGCCGAGCCGCUGCUGGAGAACGAAGAGUCUGCCGAAGAGGCGGUGUCGGAUGACCUGGCCAAGGUCUACAAGAACAUCCGCGCCAUUCUAGACGGUAGCAAGACUAUCAGGCUCAACCUUGAGUUCCUCUACCGCAACAACCGUACAGACCUCAGCAUCCUGAACAAGGUUCGCGACAGUCUUGAGGGCCGCAACUCCAUCUUCCACACCGCCGUCACCUUCUGCAACGCCUUCAUGAACCAGGGCACCACCAACGACAAGUUCUUCCGCGACAACUUGGAUUGGCUCGGCAAGGCUGUCAACUGGUCCAAGUUCACCGCCACUGCUGCUCUCGGUGUCAUUCACCGUGGCAACCUGACGCAGUCCCGGAAACUCCUCGAGCCGUACCUGCCCCAGGCCGGUGGCCUGAGCAGCGGAUCCAUCUUCAGCCAAGGUGGUGCUUUGUACGCCUACGGCCUGAUUCAUGCCAACCACGGAGCCGACGCCCUCGACUACCUCAAGACGCAGUUCGCGUCCGCCGAGGAGGAGGUGAUCCAGCACGGCGGAGCUCUUCGGAUUGGGCAUCGCAGGAUUGGGUCCUGGAUUCCGAAGAAGAUCUUUGACACCCUCAAGAAAUGUUCUCCUUCACCGACUCUGCCCUCAACGGUGAGACCGUCGGUCUUCGCCAUGGGCCUGAUCAUGCUGGGCUGGGCGCUGCAAGUCAAGGCUCUCGAGGACAUGAUACCUACGCUCACGAGACGGCGCACGAAAAAGAUUGGCGCGGACCCCAUGAUCGAGGGUCUCCUCAACGACCCUGACCCAACUCUGAGGUACGGUGGUAUCAUGACCGUCGCCCUCGCCUACUGCGGCACCGGCAGCAACAAGGCUAUUCGUAAGCUUCUCCACACUGCCGUCAGCGAUGUGAACGACGACGUCCGCCGCAUUGCCGUCAUGAGCUUGGGUUUCAUCCUGUUCCGCAAGCCCGGCAGCGUACCCAGGAUGGUCGAGCUCCUCUCCGAAUCCUACAACCCUCAUGUGCGUUACGGUUCCGCCAUGGCGCUCGGCAUCUCGUGUGCGGGCACAGGCCUCGACGAGGCUAUCGAUCUGCUGGAGCCUAUGAUGAAGGAUCCUACCGAUUUUGUCCGCCAGGGCGCCCUCAUCUCGCUCGCCAUGAUCAUGAUCCAGCAGAACGAGGUCAUGAACCCCAAGGUGGCUGCGAUCCGCAAGACACUGAAGAAGGUCGUCGGCGACCGCCACGAGGACGCCAUGACCAAGUUCGGCGCUUCGCUGGCUCUCGGCAUCAUUGACGCUGGUGGCCGCAACUGCACAAUCGGCCUUCAGACCCAGAGCGGCAACCUGAACAUGGCCGGCAUCAUCGGUAUGGCCGUGUUCACGCAGUACUGGUACUGGUUCCCCUUCACCCACUUCCUCUCGCUGGCCUUCUCCCCGACAUCCAUCAUUGGCCUCGACCACGACCUGGAGAUCCCCCAGUUCAAGUUCCACUGCGCCACUCGCCCCAGCCUCUUUGACUACCCCCCAGAGCAGGAGGUCAAGGCUGAGGAGGGACCCACAAUGGUGGCGACCGCCGUGCUGUCGACGACCGCCCAGGCCAAGCGCCGUGCCCAAAAGAAGGAGCGCGCCCAGCGUCGCGAGAGCAUGGACAUUGACCAGCCCAAGCCGGCUGUCGACAAGAUGGAGGUUGACGAGGAGAAGAAGCCUAAGGCUGCCGAGGAGUCGUCCAAGGACAAGAAGGAGGCCGAAGGCGAGAAAGGCACUCCUGCCCCCGUGGAUGCCAAGAAGAAGGCCGAGAAGGAGAAGGUCGGGUACGAGAUUGAGAACAUGUCCCGUGUUCUCCCGGGACAGCUCAAGUUCGUCAGUUUCCCGUCGGACCGGUACCGACCCGUCAAGAAGCCCAGCGGUGGUCCCCUCCUCCUGGAGGACACGCAACCCGAUGAGGAGAAGGUUCUCAUGGAGGAGAAGCUGAAGAAGGUGACGACCGAGAAGGCCCCCGUCGCGGGCCAGAGGAACGGUGGCGGAGAGCGUCCUGAGAUGACCACUCGCCAACAGCAGGAGCUUAUUCAGCAGGCACUCGCGCCGGCGCCAGCGGAGACCUCCGCUCGCUGA